CAAUUGCUACAAGCGAAGAUGACUGAUCUGACAGAAAUAUCCUUAGACUCAGAAUCUGAUAUCUAUAAGAACGUAUACUGCAAUCCUGCCUUUGAGCCAGAAAAUGAGCGGGAGGAAACAAGGCAAGAAUUCAAAACUCAUGUCUCCGCACCGGAGAUCAAUAAGACGUCAGAAACAAGCAAUGGGAUGCUGAGCCUUUGUGUGGUCCGUCUGAGAGGGCCUUGGUGUGGCUGGGGAGCCUUGGUGGUGUCGGCAGCCGCAUUACUUCUUGUGACAGCUUUAGGACUAACACUGAUUCUCAUUCUAACUCAACUAAAUGGACCUACUUCAGAACCUGGCCUGGUGUCACCUUUAGACUCGUGGAGUGGAGAUGGCGUGUCCCACACCCCAGCAAGACCCACCACCUACUCCUUCACUCAGAGCCCUGUGCCAACUCUCAGUGGGCAAGACCCCACCUCCCCUUCCAAAUGUGGGGGUGUCUUGACAGACACAGAGGGCUCUUUCAACUCUCCCAACCACCCGGGCUCAUAUCCCCCUGAUUUGCUGUGUGUGUGGGUGAUCCGGGUGCAACCCCCAAGCCUAGUGCAGAUCCACGUGUCCUCACUGGACAUCGAGGGGCCCUCCCCCUGCCUGUUUGAUUGGCUAGAGGUUCGAGAGGAGACCGAGCAGACCUCCACUGUAACCAGGUUCUGUGGUAAUGUGUCCCCUCCCACCGUCAACACCAACAGCAGCACAGUGUGGGUCAGCUUCCGGUCAGAUGGGAGUAUCGCAAGGAAUGGUUUCACAGCCCAGUACCACUCCAUUUUACCUGGGCAGAAGAGCUGUUCCAGGGAAGAGUUUAUGUGUGAUAAUGGCCGUUGUCUCUUGCCUGUGUCUGUUUGCGAUGGCCAGCCAAACUGUCUGGACCAAACUGAUGAGGCUAACUGCAGUCACAAGCACAAGGAAUGUGGUGGCCAGAAGAGUGGAUUGCAGGGCUCCUUCUCCAGUCCAAACCACCCCAAGCCCUAUCCCCAUCAACAGCUUUGCACCUGGCAUAUAUCUGUGGAGGAUGGGCACGUCAUAAAGCUGAAUUUCCGUAACUUCAGCCUGGAAACUCAAGAUGUGUGUGAGUUUGACUACGUGGAAGUGCGUGACAGUUCUGAAACUGGGGACGACAGUGUUCUUGGCCGGUACUGUGGAUCAGGACUCCCUCCUGAUUUGACCUCCUCCGGCCCCGUCAUGACUGUGGUCUUUGUGGCGGACGAGGGAGUGGCGGACAGCGGCUUCUACGCUUCCUACCAGGCCAUUCCUCUCUCCGAGAGGACGUGCAGCUCAGGUCAGUUUGCAUGUGGCAGUGGGGAGUGUCUGCAUCCACAGUGGCUGUGUGACGGAUGGAAUGACUGUGCCGACGGCGCGGACGAAAUGGACUGUGCCAACUCCACUUAUCCCCCGAUCACAUCAUCCUGCGAGCCCGUCCAGGUGGAGAUGUGCCAGGGCCUGUCCUAUAACCUCACCUCCUUCCCCAACAUCUGGCUCUCCAUUGCCGACCAGCGGGAGGCAGCGGCCAUGCUGCAGCAGUACAGAGUGCUGAUGGAGCUGGCGUGUUUCGAGCCCUUGCGUAAGCUGGUGUGCGGCAUGUUCCUGCCCCAGUGCAGCCCCCAGGGCGGGGUGCUGCAGCCGUGCUGGUCGGUGUGCUCGGCCGCGGAGCAGCAGUGCGGGCAGGUCCUGGACCUCUUCUCCCUCAGCUGGCCCUUCAACUGCCAGCUGCUGCCAGACUCGGACGAUCCCGUCAAGUGCUCUCUCCCGUAACUGCAACACGGCACACUGGUGACAGUUGUACACUUCUGCCUGUUGGCUGUUUAUUAUUACCUGAUAAUAACUGUUGAAGUGUUUGAAAUUCAGUAUUCAGUUGUGCUGCCGGCUGGUGUGGUAAUCAUCAGAUAUCACAGCUGUUUCCACUUGCUGGGCUAAGACUCUGUGAGCAGAUGCAGCCCCGAAAGGAUGAAGACAGACACCUUUCCUCCACUUGGCGCCAGUAAAAUGCAUGUUUUUCCAAGGGCACAGUUGCCAAACCCUUCGAAGAAACCAGACUUCUGCCUUUUUUCACAUCUAGAUGCCUUCCAAGAGACAAGACGUUUGCCCUCUUACACAUUCUGGAGAGUGCGUUGUCAACUUUUGACAAAAACAUCAACUACCUCUCCUUGGGUCACUUGCUAUGCUAAAAAGGGUGCUUUUUGCUACUGUCUGUGGACACCCAUUCUAUGAACCUGACUACCACACUGCCACUGAGAUCACAUACUUCAGUUAUGAUCACAUUGUCACGAGUCCUUUUCAGUUUGCAUAAUGUCCCUCGCAGUGAUAAAGUAUAGACAUAGACAUGGUGGCAACCCUUGCUAAAACACAAAUAAUGACCAUAUUUUGUCCUUGCUUUAUACUACUCUAUGAAUUCACAUUCUACCAACUUAUCUGUAAUGACAAAACGUUCACCAACAUUUCAACCAUCAUGUCAUUAAAUACAUUUAUUUGAAA